UGUAGGAUGGCCAAUAACCGAACAGUAAACAGCCUCCAUGAGGCGGGUCUUUUGUUACCGAAGUAUCCCGUGUCAUUGAAGCGAGGCGCUUUGUUUUUCUUGCUAAAAAAAGGUCGCGGAAAACAAAAUAUACCAUUUGCAUUUUUAUUAAUCUUUUUGUACCUUCUAUGGGUAAGGUGUCGCUUUGUGAGUGAAACUGAGUUCCGAGGACCGAGCGAUUCUCAAUCUUCAGAUUUUGUUGCAGUUCCAUAUUUUUCUAGUUCUUGGGAGCAGCCGAGAUUGGAAGGCGGAAGGGAAUUCGCAAGGAAGGUGAAAAAAAAGGAACUGAAACUCACAUCGUUUUGGGAUGCUUCUGGAGGGAUUAAAAAGCCGCAGACGGAUUUAAAAUGGCACGCCAAUGUUUCCGAUGUAAUGCAAACGUGGGUGGUUUGCUGUAGACAGAAAAGUACAUAUUUAGAAAAACCAUUCUGAAAUAGUUGCGAACUAUUGAUGGUGUUGGGAUCCAAAAUGGCGACGGGGUGGCCCAUCCCCCCGGCGCUGCUCCUGUGGGUUUUGGGUUCCGUGGGUAUGGACCCUUGCCCAUCCGCUUGCUCUUGCACCGGACAGAUCGGUUCUCCCGGACUGCUGGACUGCAGCCGAAAGAGACUGACCGCAGCCCCUCUGGACCCGCCUGCCUGGGUAUCUCAUGUCAACGUGAACUACAAUGAACUGACAGCAAUUCCUUUCAUGGGAGAAGUGACUUCUAACAUCACGGCUCUAUCCCUGGUUCAUAACCGAAUCACUGACAUGGUUACAGAGCAGCUCCAGCCCUAUGUGUCUCUGGAGUCUUUAGAUCUCAGCUCCAAUGCUGUCUCGGAGAUCAAAGCAGGCUCCUUCCCUCCGAUGCAGCUGAAGUAUCUGAACCUGAGCAACAAUAAAAUCAGUACGCUGGAACCCGGGUGCUUCGACAACAUCUCCAACUCAUUAGUAGUUCUGAAACUGAACCGCAACAGAAUAACAUUUCUCCCACACAAAAUCUUCCGACUGCCUCAGCUACAGUACUUAGAGCUAAAGCGGAAUAAGAUUAAAGUGGUGGACAGUCUCACAUUCCAAGGGCUGGACUCCCUCAAGUCACUGAAGAUUCAGCGCAAUGGCAUCACUAAGCUCAUGGAUGGUGCUUUCUUUGGGUUGAACAACAUGGAAGAACUGGAGCUGGAGCACAAUAACCUGACGGAAGUGAACAAAGGCUGGCUGUACGGGCUGAGAAUGCUGCGGGUGCUGCGCGUUAGCCAGAACGCCAUUCGUGAAAUCAGGCCGGAUGCCUGGGAGUUCUGCCAGAGGCUCGAGGAGCUGGAUUUAUCCUAUAACCAACUGUCUCGCUUGGAGGAGACGGCAUUUUCUGGGCUCAGUUUGCUGGAGACCCUGAAUCUGGCGGAGAACUCGGUCAGUCACCUGGGAGAAGGGGUCUUCAGUGGCCUGUCCAGCUUGCGCACUCUAGACCUACGGAAUAACGAGAUCUCGUGGGCUAUUGAAGAUUCUGUCGGAAUAUUCGUUGGGAUGAAAAAGUUAAAUACAAUAGUGCUGCAGAGGAACAAAAUUAAAUCCAUCACGAAGAAAGCCUUUGAUGGCCUAGAGGCUUUGGAACAUAUUGACUUAAGUAAAAACAGCAUCAUGUCGAUUCACCCUGAAGCAUUUUCCCACCUGAGACUUAAAGAGCUGCUGCUGAACACAAGCAGCUUGCUGUGUGACUGCCAGCUGAAGUGGUUCGGACAGUGGCUGAUUGACAGCGGGUUCCAGCAGUCUGCAACGGCCGUCUGUGCCCACCCUGCCAGCCUGGCAGGCAGGAGUGUGCUCACUGUGAAUCUGGAGGACUUCGUCUGUGAUGAUUUUCCCAAGCCCCAGAUCACGGCGCACCCCGAGACCUCGGUGGUCCUGCGGGGGUCCAACGUGACGCUGAGCUGCACGGCGGCCAGCAGCAGCGACUCGCCCAUGGCCACGGCCUGGAGGAAGGACGGGGAGGUGCUGUACGACGCCGAGGUGCAGAACUUCGCCAGGUACAGGGAGCAGGAGGGAGACGUGGUGGAGUACACCACCGUGCUCCACCUCGUCGGCGUCAACUUCACCGACGAGGGGCGCUACCAGUGCGUCGUCACCAACCACUUCGGCUCCAACUACUCCAACCGGGCCAAGCUCACCGUCAACGAGCUGCCCUCCUUCCUGAAGACGCCGAUGGACCUGACGAUCCGCACGGGCGCGAUGGUCCGCCUGGAGUGCGCUGCCGACGGGCACCCCUCCCCCCAGAUCUCCUGGCAGAAGGACGGCGGCACGGACUUCCCUGCCGCGCGGGAGCGCCGCAUGCACGUCAUGCCUGACGACGACAUCUUCUUCAUCGCCAACGUCAAGACGGAGGACAUGGGCGUGUACAGCUGCACAGCGCAGAACGCGGCCGGGAGCCUGUCUGCUAACGCCACCCUCACGGUGCUGGAAACCCCCUCUUUUGUGAGACCCCUGGAGGACCGGACAGUGGCCCGAGGAGAGACGGCCGUCCUGCAGUGCAUAGCUGGCGGCAGCCCCGCCCCUCGGCUGAACUGGACCAAGGACGACGGCCCGCUCAUCGUUACCGAGCGCCACUUCUUCGCCGCCGCCAAUCAGCUGCUGAUCAUCGUGGACGCCGGCCCCAGCGACGCGGGGAAGUAUACCUGCAUCAUGUCCAACACGCUGGGCACCGAGCGCGGCCACAUCUACCUCAGCGUGGUGCCCUCCCCAAACUGCGACACGGCGGGGGCUGGCGGGUACGACGACGACGGCUGGACCACAGUGGGCAUCGUCAUCAUCGUGGUGGUGUGCUGCGUGGUGGGCACCUCGCUGGUGUGGGUCAUUGUCAUCUACCACAUGAGGAAGAGGAGCGAGGACUACAGCAUCAGCAACACAGACGAGAUGAACUUGCCUGCUGACAUUCCCAGCUACCUCUCCUCCCAAGGCACCCUGUCUGAACCGCAGGAGGGCUACAGCAGCUCUGAAGCUGGAAGUCAUCAGCAGCUGAUGCCUCCCUUGUCAAACGGAUAUGUGCACAAAGGAACAGACGCAGGUGUGUGCUACAUGGACUCGGGGAGUGAGGUGGAGACGGACAUCAAUGCCCUGCUGCAGAACAGGGUGGGCUCUCUCUUCACCGGGAGGAGUACUUUCCACCCUGGAGAGCCCAGGGAGGGCCUGGCAGGGGCACCCACAGGAGGCACUGGGCCUUUAGUCAUCUGCUCUGACUGCUAUGACAAUGCCAACAUCUACUCUCGGACCCGUGAGUACUGUCCCUAUGCCUAUCUGGCUGAAGAUGACCCUCUGGAUAAGACCCUGUCCAACAUCAUGGUGCAGCUUCCCAAAGACCCAUAUCCCAGGCAUGCUCAGCAUGAGGACACAGCACUGGAGAGCCUCAUCAGCCACCCCGACACCUCCGUGUUUGUCACCAGCCAUGACAAGAGACACAGCAUCAAGAACCCGCCCCAGCUCCAUGCCAGUGACACCCAGCCAAGGCCUUACUGGGGACUGAGUGAAGACGCAUCUCUCCUGCCUCGUGUAGAUUUGCCACAGCAGUCGGUCACCAUGCAGGACAAUCCUAGAGGACAGCGGGAGAGCAGGGACAAAGAGGGGGUGGGCGUGACGAAGAGCCCCUCCACAGACCCCACAAACCACAUCUCACACUCACAGGAGCACAGUACUGCCUCCCACAGGACUCCUAACAUACAGGAAUACAAGGCCACUACCUAGAGCACGGGGAUCUCCAGCACGCAGAACAUUUGUUAUGUCUUUUUUUUUGCCUUUUUACCCACUACCUCGAAAGAGACAUUAAUAUCUGCCAAAAAUGCCUAUGUGUAUGUUUACAUUUCAGAUAUGAGCUUUGUCUAUUGUUGUGCUCUUAUUUGUUCAUUUCUAACAGCACUCCCAAGACUGACUAGGAUCAGUGAGUGCAUUCUGCAUCGUCUGUUCUCUUUGCAGGAGGUGUGCACUGCGAUGAAUGUACAUGGGCACUCCAGGUGUAAAAGUUAAUGUUAUUUAUUCAAGACCCAAACAGUGAACCUGCUUCUCACACUCCUUGGACACCGGAAUUGCAAGAAUGUGGAAGAUCCUGCUUUGCCUUUGUUUUCAUGCUGUUACUUAAAGAGAAAAAGCAUUAAUUUUCUUGAGCUGUAGGUAGUAAUUACUAUGGGACCACUAAUUGUGAAAGCAUAAACUACCACCAGAUGCCAGUUUAGCAGAAACCGAAGCUCGCUUCUUUUCAGAUCUUCGACAGUCUUGGUAUCUUGCAUUUUUUUAUUGCAUGCAAACAGCAUUCCAUUCUGGAUUCCUUUUCACUUCACUGGCUAACUCCCUGCUGCAAAUUACUGCCCCAGAGCAGAUAUAGUCUCAUCAUUUUUUUCCUGUUUCGCUUAUUCCAAGUGUUAAUUGUACUGUAAAUACUUUUUCUACCAUGUUAAAUACACAUUGUACAGUUACUGUAGUAUUCAGUGUUUUUAAGAGAAUUCAAAGAAAAUGGUGUAUUGCACAUUUACUAACUGUUGUUAUAUCAGCCAUUAUAAAUGAGCUUUCCUAAGACAAAGGCAGGACCUUAACAAGUAGUCGUGGAAUUGUUCUUCGAGAAGGUUGCUUGGUCACAUCAAAGUGAAUUGUUCUGAAAACUUAGGUCAGAAAGUUAACAGAUUAAAAAGCCAACUAUUUUCUGCAGCUCACUCCUGUAUUGGCUGAUAAAGGAGUGAAAAUCUUUGCCCAAACCUCUCUCUUUUUGGCUAGCCUUUUGUUUCUUGCUUCAGGGUAUUCAUGGUUUAUUUGUCUCCAAAAAGAGCUGCCUGAUGCAAAUGUUUUCUAGCACCGAAGCAAUUAUUUGGUUUUGUCUUUCACUUGGGAAUAUGACCUGUUGUGAGUCUGGGGUACUGAAUUUGGUAUACCAUACUGCAGUGUGUAAGGCUGUACUGUGAAAACCAUUCCAUUGUUUUCAAUUUAAAGGAUCCAGUUCAAAGUACUGGUGUGAAAUAUUUUCGGAUUGAUCUCAAAGAUGUCCCCGUUGGAGACGAUCAUUUGGAAACAGAAGUAUUUGAUUAUUUUAUAUUUAUUCCAUUAUGUUGGAUGAGUUCUUUGUAACCGUUUUUUUCUAUCCAUAUAAGAGCUUGAAAACCAUAUUUGUGAGGUGCUAGCUCAUGAAAUAAUUGGGAAUUUAAGUGAAUCAGGCUUGUAUUCCAUUAAGUAAUAUGAAUUUGCACUUUUUUCAUGGGGGGGAAGAAAGCCCUUUAUUUUAACUCCUGACGCAUUGAAACUGUGAUCAAGCUAUGAUUUGACACAAUUCCUUAAAGCACCUGCAGUUUUUCUAGGUUUUGAAAGUGGUUGGUUUAAUAAGAUAACUUUUUUAAAGACAUGAAAUCAUAAAGAAUUGGACCUUUCCUAUUUUACAAACCUUUCGAAACCAUGUGAGAAUGAAAUGGUGUAAAGAUUUAUUUAGCCACUGUUCUUUUUGAAAGCGGUGGAUAUUAUUAAUAUUUUGGAAGUAUGUAUAGAUUCAGUUAAAUAUCUCUUUUUAACAGUUUCUAACUGUUUUAAAUCUGCCAUUUCGUUCUUUAGAUUUUUGGUCAUUUUGCAGUUUUAUCCUUGAAAGAUUUUGUUCCAUUUCUCAGUGCUAAGUGAGGCACUGAGUGCACUGAGUAAAAACCUCAUAACAGUUUUUAUAGCAUGUUGGUUGGAGACCUCAAUUUUCCAUUCAUGCGGUACACAAAUUAACCUAAUGCAAAGUUAGCUGAAAUUGCACAUUGAAAUUGCACACAUUUGGCCUUAAAUGUUUUCCCUUAUAUUGUAUAAAGAUUACAGUAGGCUGUAUAUUAAUAUUAUGGUACUUAGAUCAAUUUGCCUUCUAUGUAUUGUGUACCAAACAAUUGUCAUUGCUAUUUCAUGAAACCUUGUGGGAUGGUGAUCAUAUUUAACAGAUUUUAAGGUGUAGUUUUCUAAAGAUGCUUUUCCACAGCUCAGUCCUAUAAAACGCAUUGAACAAUAGCAGUGCUGUGGCAUUCGGCUUCUUCUGUGUUUAAUUUACAUCCUCUCCUGAACUGCAUUUGCAAGAGGAUUAGAUCCUGCACUUUUGUCAUACAGCAGUAGCUGUAACUUGUAAGGGAUUCAUUAGGGGACCUGCCUUGUUUUGAGACUCUAAACAUAGAGAUUCUAGGUAUUGGUCUUCGAAAUACUGUGCGUUUUUAUCUUUCUCAUUAUAGAUCAUUUAAGGCAUCUUCAAAAGACCAUAAAAGGGUCUCAAGGACAAGCAUUUUGUCGAUUACACAUGGAGAGAAAUCUAAAAGGCCGAUGACACUUCUUAUCUUCUUACUCUUAUUAUUCUCCUCUGUUGAUUGCAUUUAUACCAAAGUUUAUGCUUUGUUUUGGCAAUAUUCAUAAACUGCUGCCUGUAGCUGUAAUGUUUCAAUUUUCUUUGUAAAAUGUAUUUUUAAUUGUCAAUUAAGUGUACAUUAUGUAAAGCAUGUGUAAAGUACAUUGUUUCUUGAGCUGUAUCUUGUCCAUGGAACAAUAAAUAACAAAUAUCAUCACUGAUUAUUCAGCAUGGGCGUUUUCAGUACAUUUGCAAUCUGCAACACUGUACUAGGAGGCUGUUAUAUUUCAAAUACAGAAAAAUAUUUUUUCUGGAAUAGACGCUUUAAUAAAAAAUAUAGGCUUUUA